UAACCAAUCAAAAACACCGUGUGUGUGUGUACAUAUAAGUAGCCCAAAACAGGAAAGAAAAUUCACACCUCUGCUCUCCUUAGAUUCCGGACAGCUUUCUCACCGGAACUAAUCAUUCAAGUAAGAAGUCUCUAACGGUUCCCUCUAUUUCUCCCUCUCUGAAUCAUCAUUUCCUCUUUUUUUUUUUUUCUUCUUCUUUUUUUUUUGUUUCUUCUUUGAUUUUCGCUCGCUUAAUUCCUCUCUUGGGGGAUUUGAUUUUCCCGGAUGCUCAUGUCGUCCGGUGGUCCCGCCACCACCACCGCCUCCGCCAACGUUAGCCCCAGUGGCCACCCUGGACCCACCACCACUAGGCGACGCGUUGAUGCCGCAGAUAAGUCUUCUGCCUUUUCCGACUAUUAUGAUGUUGUCUCUGACGAAGAAGACGCUCUUAACGGCUCUUCCGCUGGGCCCAAUCACCACCACCACCACCAUCAUCAUCCUUUGAUCAGGUAUCUUCUACUCCGCAGAAAGUUAUUCUUCUUUCUUCCUGAGGCUUGGCUGCUUGCUCUCGAGGAUGGUUGCCAUUGGAUUGCCACCGUGGUUCAGAGUUUGAGAUCCGGUAAAAACAUGGGCCGUAAGAUUUUUGCUGCUUUGACGUUAAUGUUGGUCGUAUCGGUAUUCCUUAAGGUCUCGUUUUUGGAUCAUCACGUCGAAAGUGGUGGAGAAAAUGGGCUUUUGAUAAUACAGACAAUCAAAGAAGAUUGGGCCAUGGCUCAACGUAUUGUAACAGAAAACGCAGCCUCCAUGCCCAAGCGCGUCUUGGAGAAAUUCCCUACUCCAGAAAUUUGGAUGAAACCCAAUAGUGACAAUUACUAUCAAUGCAUAUCCCGGCCCAGAAGUCAAAUAAAGGCUAGAAAAACAAAUGGCUAUCUUCUUGUUCAUGCCAAUGGUGGACUGAAUCAAAUGAGAACAGGGAUUUGUGAUAUGGUUGCUGUUGCAAAGAUAAUGAAUGCAACUCUUGUCCUACCUUCUCUUGAUCAUGAAUCAUUUUGGACAGAUCCAAGCACUUUUAAAGACAUUUUUGACUGGAGACACUUCAUGGAAGCGUUGAAGGAUGAUAUUGAUAUAGUAGAGUAUUUGCCAGCUGAAUAUGCAGCAAAGAAGGCCCUUUUAAAGGCUCCUAUCUCCUGGUCGAAGGCUAGUUACUACAGAGGUGAGAUGUCCUCCUUGUUAAAGAAGCAUAAGGUGGUAAAGUUUACCCACACUGAUUCACGACUAGCUAACAAUGGCCUUGCAGCCUCCAUUCAGAGGCUAAGGUGCCGUGCCAAUUAUGAGGCUCUCCAGUACUCAAAGGAGAUUGAGGAUCUUGGCAACAUAUUGGUUGAUAGACUAAGGAAUAAUAGUGAGCCAUAUGUUGCUCUUCAUUUAAGAUAUGAGAAAGACAUGCUUUCAUUCACUGGCUGUAAUCACAAUCUUACAGCAGAAGAGGCUGGGGAACUCAGGGAUAUGAGGUACAAAGUCCGGCAUUGGAAGGAGAAGGAGAUAGAUAGCAGAGAAAGGCGACUUCAAGGGGGAUGUCCAAUGUCCCCAAGAGAAGCAGCUCUGUUUCUCAAGGCCAUGGGAUACCCUUCCUCUACGACUAUCUACAUAGUUGCUGGAAAAAUAUAUGGUAGCAAUAGCUUGGCAGCCUUCCAAGCAGAGUUCCCAAAUGUUUUUUCUCAUUCUAGUUUAGCAACUGCAGAAGAGUUAGAACCAUUCAAGCCAUAUCAGAAUCGCCUUGCUGCCUUGGAUUAUAUUGUGGCACUUGAAAGUGAUGUCUUUGUUUAUACAUAUGAUGGAAAUAUGGCCAAAGCAGUGCAGGGGCAUAGGAGGUUUGAAGGAUUUCGAAAGACUAUCAACCCAGACAGACAAAAUUUUGUUACACUGAUUGAUCAGUUGGAUGAGGGUUCAAUAUCUUGGGAAGAAUUCUGUGCAAAGGUAAAGAGUUUACAUUCAAACAGGAUUGGAUCUCCUUAUCUUAGGCAGGCGGGAGAGUCACCGAGGCUGGAAGAGAACUUCUAUGCAAAUCCUUUUCCUGGUUGUGUUUGUAACAAGUCUCAUGAGCUAUUGAGCAGCCUGAAAUUUGACAAGAGAAUAAAAUCAAAUCUCGGGGCUACAUCGCAAAGAUAGGGGCCAUAAGAAUUGACGCCUGGCUGGUGUUGUGAAUUAUUUGACACCCAUUUUUCCUAGAAAGAUUGGUUGGCACGGGUGCCUGCAUUCGGCAGCUUUUGACCAAACAAGGGACUGUAGAAGUUGCCAUCAGGGAAUUCUUGAGUUUUCUCAUGUGAUACAAAAAAUACACGCCCAAUUUUUUGUUUAGAUAGAGGAUUAAACAGAAAUUUAGGGAAAUGUAGAGGUGAAUCAGGCUAGUUACGCAGGCAUAUAUAUUUAUUCCAUUUGCAAAUGGAGUUAAAAGUUUAUCAUUUAUUUAUUAUUACCGACGCAAAAAGAAAUACAUUCAUUAAUUUUUCCUUA